CCGAUCCUGCAGGGGGCGAUGAAAUCCCGUGUCAUUUGAUCGUUCAAACCCUAGCGGCUUGAGAGCUGCUUCCAGGUCAGAGGUCAGACGGUCCGGCGCUGCGUGGGACAUGGUGCAGCUCCGACCACGGGCGUCUUGCACUCCGGCUUCCGCGGAGGCGAUGGUAGAUGAGGGGCAGCCGGCUUCGGAGGAGGCGGCGGAGCACGGUCUGCUGCUGGGACAGCCCAGCAGCGGCGCGGCUGCCGAGCCGCUGGAGGAAGACGAGGAAGGGGACGACGAGUUUGACGACGAGGCCCCGGAGGAGCUGACUUUCGCCAGUGCCCAGGCGGAAGCGAAAGAAGAGGAGCGGCGAGUGCGAGAGACUGCGCGCAGGGAUAAAAUUCUCCUGAAGGAGAAGAGGAAACGACGCGAGGAGCUGUUCAUCGAACAGAAGAAAAGAAAACUUCUUCCAGAUGCUAUUCUAGAGAAGUUAACUACAGCUUCCCAAACUAACAUAAAGAAAUCACCAGGAAAGUUGAAAGAAGUUAAUUUGCAAAAGAAAAAUGAAGACCAUGAAAAAGGAAAUGACUCCAAGAAAGCUAAAGUGCAAAAAGUACAGUCUGUCAGCCAGAACAAAAGCUACGUGGCUCUAAGGCUCAAAGACCAAGAUCUGAGAGAUUCAAGGCAACAAGCAGCCAAAGCCUUCAUUCAGAAUUCUUUAUAUGGUCCAGGAACCAACAGAACUACUGUAAAUAAGUUCCUGUCUCUCGCCAACAAGAGGUUGCCGGUGAAAAAGGCUGCAGCCCAGUUCUUGAGUAAUACAUGGGGAGUCCAGAAAAAACAAAAUGCCAAGAGGUUUAAAAGACGGUGGAUGUUCAGAAAGAUGAAAGCAUCUGGGAGGAUAAAUCGAAGCUAAAUAAAGAAUUUCAGUACUUU